GUUAUUAGUUUCUCGGUGGUGAGCGGCGCAGCUCAGGUGCUGCUCCGUGUCUCUGCUGCAACAUCUGCCGCUGCACUUUCUGGUUAACUCUGCUCUUACCUGAAGCUGUUCCCGGACGUCUGCAAGCGGGGGGCCGAGCCCACAUCUCAGCCCUUUAUCCUUCAGACGCUGCGGGGAUUUUAAAGAGACUGCGAGCGGAAAACCAUGAGUCACCUCAGCCCAGGGCUUAUGUCAGCAUACAACAGCCUCACUGACAAACAUCUCGCAGGUUACUUCAGCAACACUCGAAUCAGGAGACACCUACAGAGAGCAGGACUGAUCACCAGGAGUGGGCGAAUUGUUCCGGACAAAGAGUACAGACACAAGCUGCUCCAGAGAGCCCACCAGAGACAUGUCAGAGAGUGCUUGGCCCAGGCCAUCUUCCACAAGGUGCUGGAGAUGGAGCGUCUCCACCAAAUCGAGAUCAAAAGAAAACUGGAGGAGUUUGCAAGGAGGGAACGAGUGCAUAGGAUGAAGAUGGAGCGCUCUAAAAGGUAUGAAGAAGACAUCACCCGCAUCCUGUCUCCAUGCCCCCCCAAGGGAUCCAGGACGAUCUGGAAAGAGCACUUUGGUCCGAACGGCGAGCACUCUGAAUCCUCUGAAUCCUCAAGCUCGUCCCGACCCAAUACGGCUCCAGGGAAGAUGCAGAGGCCGGUGCGCCUGAAGCCCAUCCACAGUAACAGCACCACAGCUUCACUCAGACGCAGCUUGCGUUACAAACCCCACAAAUCCUCUCAAGAGAACAACCAUCCGCUCAACAGCACUAUGCACCUCAAGUCCCAGAGACAUUUGACCACAAAAGAGGUCUCCCCCUUCUGCCUCCCAGUCAUAAACAACUUUGUGACACCAGUACCUCCAGUUGGGAAGAAGAACGACCGAGGAGUAAAAGUCACCCCCAGCAGCACCAUGAGAGGCCGCAGACUACGCCCCACCACUGCCUCCAGCGGACCUGGCGACCCCCCUUGGCUGAGGAGCUCGGUUUACCAGAGCCGAGUGCGUGUGAACAUGGUGUACUUUGGCAAAACGGUUCAUCUCUCCAAUGACCUGAUCGACACAAGAGAAGAGGUUAGAGUGUUUCAGCAGCACUGUGGAGGAGAAAACCUGUGUGUGUACAAGGGGAGGCUCCGCGAGGGAGAGGCCUUUGAGUUUAUUUCAAGACGCCACAGAGGUUUCCCCUUUAGCCUGACCUUCUACCUGAAUGGGCUGCAGGUGGAGCGGCUGAGCUCCUGUUGUGAGUUCAAACACAGGAAAGGCUCCCGACUUGGAGGAAAGCAUGGUCACUUUGGCUUUUCCAGUGUUGAGGGGGCGUCUCCUUGUUACAAGUGCAUCAUAGCAAUGGGCCUGGACAAAAAGCCCACUCCUCCUCCAAAGAGGGUCAAAGGAGAUCAGUCACGAGAACAGUCAGCCACUAGCCUUAAAGACGAGCCUGAGAUGGAGGCAGACAGAACCGGGGAGGGCGCUGCCUCAUACCUGGAGCGUGAAACCUCUCCAACACCCAAGAUGGAGAAUAAAAACAGAGAACAGUCAGCCCCUGUAGAGAGCAAAGUCAGAGAUGAUUAUGAAGAAGACUUUGAAGCAGAUGAUGAAGGUCCUGUGGAAGACACAACAUUACAAGAAGAGAAAUUCCCAUCUAUGCUCAGUGAAACUGAAAAGCAGGACCAGGAGAAAGAUAUCUCUGAAGAUACAGAUGAGGAGGACGAUGAAGACAAAAGGUCUUCUUCAGGCUCCAGCACGUCAGGCAGCGAUGAGGAAGAGAGUGAUGCUGAGGCCACAAAACACUCAGAAGAUGACGAGAACGAGAACAAGGCAGAAGAGGACUACCAAACAGAAGCUGCUGCUCCUGCAAAUGAAAAAGACAAACAGAAAUCUGAAGAAACCGCUGCAACCAGGGUUGAGUCACCUUCAUUAAAUACCUCAGGUGUACAGAACAGCGUCGGGAGCAGCAAUGGUAUUGAAAUCUCUGACUCUAGCGUCCCCACGGACAAUGAGAAUAAACUGAGCGAUGACCCCUCAGAAGAUAAAAAUGUGGAGGCUCCUGGACAUGAGCUCAAAAAUGGGGAUGAACAGGAGAGGGCCAAGUCUGUGCAGGAGAAGCUGGUAGAAGCCAUCCUGAAAGUAUCCCAGUGUAGCUCUGAGCCUGAACUGAGCGACACCAGUACGGAGGAAGAGGAGGGGCCUGCACAUAAAGCCACUGAAAAAGAAAAAAAAGAACAACUGCAGACUCUUGUAGAAGAAACAAAUUGUGAAGAAAGUGUUACCAAUGAAAUCGUUGGGGAUCAAAAAGAGUUUGCAGAAACAGUAGAAGAGAAGGACAAGGAGCCAGAUUACGCUGACAACAUCCAAGAGAAACUCAGUGAGAUUGGUGAAAGUGAAAAGGCUGCAGAGGAUGAAGCCACAACAGAGGGAGAUAAAUCAAAGGAACCAGGUGAAACACAGCUCUCUAUAGAUGGAGAGAUUACGGCACACAAUGACAAGAUAGAAGAUUCCUUUGAAGGAAGUGAGAAUGCUGACAUUGAGGCUUCCCAUAAUGAUGAAGAAAAGGUGAAAAAAGGUGCAGCAGAGCCUGACAGUCAUCACAAUGAAACGGGCGAAAGGGCAAAAAGCAGAGAAGAGGAUGAGUCAUCAGUAUUAGAGCCGAGUGAGGAGAACGAUGAGGUGGCAGUGGCAGAUAUUACUGAGGAGGAGGCAGCAGCUACAAGCGAGACAAUGGAGAUCAAAGCAGAGUCCUCAGAGGAGCGAGAGGCCCUCAGCUGUGAAGAGGCACCUGAAACCGACACAGGGAAAAUGCAGGCUGACAACGAGGAAGCUCAAGUCACAGAUGAGAAUUCAAGCAGAUCGCCAGAGGAGUGUGGGGACUCCACAGCUGAGAAAACAGAAGUCAUGCAUGUAAAAACUUCAAAAACCCAGAGCAGUGAUGAUGAAACACAAACAGAAGCACACCGGAAAGCAUCAGGAACAGAAGAAGAAGAAGAGGAUGACAGUCAACAGGAAAACUGUGGGGUAAGAAGGGAAUCUGUGGAAGUAGAUGAAAAUGCAGAGACCCAAAACCUUACAAAUUCUGAAAUAAAAGAUGAAAAUAAAACACAAGAAAUUAAUGAUAAAAGUAAAUUUGAUAUAAGCAUUGAACAAAACAAAAACCCACCGGAAGGGACCGAAAGUGAAGAAAUGCCCGAUGAGGAGAUUGAAGAUGGAAUUAAAGAGACUGAGAAAGAUGUCAAAGGUGAAGUAGCUGAGGGUCAAAUUAGCUGGGGUGAGCUUGAAUCAAACGGAGAUGAUAAAGGUCAGCCCGGUGAAGAAGGAAGUGAGACAAACAAAGUUUUACAAAAAAAAGAUGAUGAAGCAGGAAUUUCAGACAAUGUUGAGAUGGAAAAAGUUGAAGAGACUAAAACCAAUGAAGAAUGUGAAGAUAUGACUGAAAACAGUGUAAGUGAAAAACCUGAGAUCACUGAAGAACUUCACAGAAGACAAGAUGCCGACUUGGAUACAGAAAAUGUGGAAAUAAGUUCUAAAACGAUUGCUGACUCAGAGAAAGUCAGUGAAAGUGAAGCAACAGAUGGGACUGAAAUGAAUGAGUCAACUCCAGAUGCUGCAGACGCCAAUAGUGGUGAAAGAAAAGCAGAGGGGGAAAGUGAAAUAGGAGAAAUCGAUGCAGAAAAUGGGGAGAGUUCUGUCGCAGCUGAGCUUGAAUGUCAAGAGGAUGAAGAAAAUGCUCCGACAGCCGAAGAAGAAAGACAGGCAGAUGAACCAGAUGAAGACAGUGAGUGCACAGAGGUAAAAGAAAUAGCGGUGGAGUCUGGAGACAAUGCUGCUAAACAUGAGGAGGGCUUGACUGAUAAAGCCCCAGAGACUGGUAUGACCGAGAGCGUUGCUAAGGAAGCGAAUGGUGGCAUGGUGAAGCACGAUGAAGCUCCUAACAGGGAGUCAGAGCCAGAGAUAUCUGGAGCAGAAAUACAAGAUGAGAGAAAUGACAAUGAGGAAGUGGAGGAAGUUGACAAUGAGAUUAAAGAGUUCAAUUUGAUCCAAAACAACACUGAGAAUGAUGUUGGUAAGGUGUCUCCUUUAGCGGAAACCUCUUCAGCACCAGCAGCUGCUGAUGUGGAGGAAACCGCUAACCAAGGAGUUGAAGGGAAGCUUGAGUCCAUUACAGACAAACCACUAGAAACUGGAGAUAAUGGAGAGGACACAGAGGAGGCAAGUAAGGCCUCAGAGGAAGGAGCAAGUGUGCUGCUCAAACCUCAUGCGCAAAACACGGAGGCAGAAGAUGCUGUGGGUAAAGAACCCCCAGAGACUUUAGCAAGAGAUGACAAUACAGAUAUGGUCACAAACUGGAUACAAAUGCACCAAAUCUCAAAGCUUUUCGAGACAUUUGUUGAGCCUUUGGAAGAUAUAAGGAAAGAGGUUCCAGAUGCACAAGUAUACAAACCCAAUGGUGAAGAAAAAGAAUCUGCCAAGUUGCUGAGACCAGAGAGCCCAACAAAGAUGGGGAUGAUGUCUGUGGAAGAAAAUGAGUCAAGAGACGAGACUCAAAUAGAAGCUCAGGACAGUCGUGGUAAAGAUGUUCAGCAUGAAAAUGACCCAGCUGAAGGUGGACUACAAGGCAGUGAGGAGACUGAAGAGAAAAACGUAGAAACGAAUGAAGAAGAUGACCAGGAGGAUUGUAGGGGAUUGCAUGUAGAAGACAAAGAAAGUCAAAAGAGAAUUACUACUUUUAAAACUGAAGUGGAAGCUUUCUCGGGUUCUCUCAAAGCUGAGAGUGAUUUUGAGAACCAAAGUAGUGGAAACACUAACAGUGGUCCAGACUUUAUUGUGAAACAAUCAGCCACAGACCUUUCAAUCAAAACGGAGCAAUCAAACUCCCUGAAUGGACAGAAAGACACAAAUGACACAUGGGACAAAAUAACCAAAGAUGGACGUCAAAUUACGCAAGUAACUAAUUUCACAACAUCUAACUCAGCUGAUGGUAGCCAAGAAGAGUCCCAUGAUGAAGACAUCCAAACUAAAAUGCUAGGGCGGCGCUUCAGUGGAGAGACGAGAGAAAUAAAACUCAUCGAAGACAUCAGACACACUCUGAGUAAAGAUCGCCUAAGCACUCUCUCAGUGUUUGGUCACGCUUCUUAUCCUUUACUGACUACAUCAACGUCUGAGGGUGGGCAGUAAAGGUAAAGUGAUAUUUUUGAUUCCUAAUUUGAAGAAACCUUGUUUAAAAUACAAUUCAUAGGUAAUCAGUUACAGCAACCAUGAGCAAAUACAAAAUAGGUUUAGGUUUGACAGCAUCCCUUAAGUGUCUCUUACUUUCUGCAUGUACAUUAGAAUGAGUUCUUAGGCGACCAUCAUCCCCGAAUAACCAGGAAGAACAAGAUGUAACUUGUGUUUUGACUGCUGGGCGCAAUGUUUACAAUAGACCCACCUCUUCUUAUUGUUAGUCACAAUGUAGCGGUAUCAAAUACAGCUGGUAUCAUCUAUUACCUGUAAACUGAUCCACCUGUACUCCGGCUCACGGAUGAUUGAAUAAUUCAUAGCUGUCAGACUCCCGCAUCUUUAGCCGACCUCUGAUGCACUUUACAUUUCCAACCGAGUGGUAUGAGCAGGCCGGCUUUCAUCAGAGGUCUGUAAUUCAAACUGGUAAUGGCCAUUUCAGUCAACACUCUGACAUGAUUACCUAGUGACAUUAUCAGCAACAGGAGACCAAUGAUGAUUAGCUUCGUAGUGAUAAAGUGAAAUGUCAAAAACACCCUUUCCUGCUAACACUAAGCUGUAUGUUUUGGUAAAGUCUGUAUUUUUAUUGUCUGUUAGUCUUCUGUUUAGGUGUAGAUGUGUGGCUUCAGCAUUUAAUGUGAUAUCAGUCCCUAAUGUACAGCUUGUGUGAAUAAGCCAAUGUGAAAAUAAAUUUAAU